AGAGGAGGGAAUGGGGGCUUCUGGUUUUGACGGAAGGAGUCGGGGCUCCUGAUCUCGGGAUCAGGAAGGACGAACGAGCUGGCCCGACUCUUCGGAUGCUGGAGCCAGCCUUACCUGUAUUCCUUGGUGAAACCCAUGGGUUUGGUGGGCAAGGGCAGGUGAGGACACCGGGGGUCAUCUCCGGGGCCUGCACCUUAUUUAGGCGUACUGGUUCUGAAGGAUGAAGUGUGAAGAGGCCAGAUGCCCAAGAUUUAGAUCUCAGCCAGCUUGGGCCCAGGAUACAGACUUUAUUAAACUCUUACGAGUACCCAGUGUGUGCUAGGCAUCGUCCAAGCUCCGCCAUUAGUUUUCAAACCAAACCCAACCCAUUGCCAUCGAGCCAAUUUCGAUUCAUAGCGACCCUAUAGCUCAGAGUAGAACUGCCCCCAUAGGCUUUCCAAGGAGCAUCUGGUGGAUUUGAAAUGCCUGCCUUUUGGUUGGCAGCCAUAGCACUUAACCACUAUGCCACCAGGGUUUUAGCAAACAUCUAUUUGGUAUGUUUUGGGUGUCAGGCCCUCACUUUGGGCCCAGGAACCUCAGUGGAGAAGCUAACAUCACCUCCACCACCUACAGCCCACAGUGAAGUUGGGGGAGACAGAACAGGAAACCCAUAAACACAUAACAAGAUCACUCCCCAUCCUGGAAACUGCAGUGAAGACAACAGGGUCAGGGAUGGAUAGGGAUGAGUGGGGGUCUUGUAGGCAGGGUCAUCAGGAGGAAGGUACAGGGAGAAAACAAGGAAAUAUGUCCCACCUUUGGCCUGAGAGCUUCAGUGUGGGGAAUCAGCCAGGAAUGAGCUUAUAAACCACCGGAAAUGGCCCUGUGUGUGGUAGGCACUAAAUAGAUGCUCACUGAAGCCAGAGGCUUUUCUCUCAUCACUAUCAUUAACCAUCCAUCUGGUGCUGCCAGGCUCAUUUUCAGCCCUUUAUGUGCUUUGUUAUUAGCUGCUGUCGGGUUGAUUCCAGCUUAUGGCAGCCCCUGUGUGUUACAGAGUAGAACUGCUCCAUAGGGUUUUCUUGACUGUAAUCAUUACAGAAAAGAGCCCUGGUGGUGCAGUGGUUAAGCACUCAGCUGCAAACCAAAAGGUUUACGGUUCGAAUCCACCCAGCAGCUCUGCAGAAGAAAGACCCGACAAUCUGUUCCCGUAAAGAUUACAGCCUAGAAAAUGCUAUGGGGCAGUUCUACUCUGUCACAUGGGGUUGCUGUGAGUCAAAAAUCAAUUCAACAGCCCCAACAAUAGCAAUCUUUACAGAAGCAGUUGACCAGGCCUUUUCUUCUACAGAGCUGGUAGGUGAGUUCAACAGCCAGCCUUUCGGUAGCAGCUGAUCACAAACCUCUUGGACCACAAGGACGCUUCCCAUAAUGGCUCUGCUGGUUGGACACUUUAAGGCAUCCAUGUAGUGCCCAGGGAUCCCAGGGCCAUUUGAUUUUCCAUCGUGAUAACAGAAAUAGUCAUCACCCUGGGAAUUGGCUGAGCGACUGAGGACGUGGCCCUCCUAUACCUGGGCCUCACUUUCCCUGUAUGUGGAAUGAGGUAGGAGAAUGCAAGAUCAUCCUGUUAUAGCACCUGGAACAGUGCCAGGCACACAGGAGGUGCUCGGAGAACACUGACCUGAGGUUUCACUGAGGGUGGAUCUGGCCUGAGUGCUGAGCUCUGGACAGCAGUGACUCCUUCUCUUACCCACAGGGGAGCUCUGGGGCAGCACAGAAGCCAGCCCAGCCACUCACAUCCCUUCCCCUCACAGAGGAGCCAGAGCUGUUCCUGUAAGAGGCCAGAGAAGGAUGGAAUGACCGCUGGGCUCCUGGCCACCAGUGCCCUGACUUGGAAACUAGACCUGAAACAAAACCGUCAACUCUGUGGCAAGGCAUCUCUGAAGAACUGUCUGAUGAUGUCCUGGUAGAAAGACUCCUAUGGGAUUGUCUUUGGUCCUCCAGGGGUGAAGAUGCCAAGGGCCACAGGGAGUGGAGUCAUGACAGCCCAGCAGCUGUGUGGUGCAGGUGGCCUUCACACCUGUAAAGAUACUCACCCAGGAGCCGCAGCAUGGGAAUAGGUUUGGAGAAAACCUGAGUCUGAGCCCCAAUCUCCCAACUCAACCAGUGACCCCUGAUCAACCAAUGACUCCUGAAAGACAAGACUCCCAUAUGUGGGGAACACAUGGAAAGAGACAGAAACCAGACUCAAAUGCUCACCAGAAAACCUAUGCAAAAGAGAAACCCUAUGAAUGUCAGGAAUGUGGAAAGGCCUUUAGUCACAGCUCAGCACUCAUCGAACACCACCGGACGCACACGGGAGAGAGACCAUAUGAAUGUCAUGAAUGUGGAAAAGGCUUCCGAAACAGCUCAGCACUUACCAAACACCAGAGAAUCCACACUGGUGAGAAACCCUACAAAUGCAAUCAGUGUGGGAGAACCUUCAACCAAAUCGCUCCACUAAUCCAGCACCAGAGAACUCAUACAGGCGAGAAGCCCUACGAGUGUAGCGAAUGUGGGAAAUCCUUCAGUUUUAGGUCCUCCUUCAGCCAACAUGAGCGAACUCACACGGGUGAGAAGCCCUAUGAGUGCAGCGAAUGUGGGAAAGCCUUCCGGCAAAGUAUCCACCUCACCCAGCACCUGCGAAUCCACACUGGAGAGAAGCCCUAUCAGUGUGGAGAGUGUGGCAAGGCCUUUAGCCACAGCUCAUCCUUGACCAAACACCAGCGAAUCCAUACUGGGGAGAAACCCUACGAGUGCCAUGAGUGUGGCAAAGCCUUCACUCAGAUCACACCACUGAUUCAGCAUCAGAGGACCCACACAGGAGAGAAGCCCUAUGAGUGCAACGAAUGCGGAAAAGCCUUCAGCCAGAGCACGCUCCUGACUGAGCAUCGGAGGAUCCACACAGGAGAAAAGCCCUAUGGAUGCAAUGAGUGUGGGAAAACAUUCAGUCACAGCUCAUCACUCAGCCAGCACGAAAGGACACACACAGGAGAGAAGCCCUACGAGUGCAGCCAGUGUGGAAAGGCCUUCCGGCAGAGCACGCAUCUCACUCAACACCAGAGAAUCCACACCGGGGAGAAACCCUACGAGUGUAAUGACUGUGGGAAGGCCUUCAGCCACAGCUCAUCCCUAACUAAACAUCAGCGAAUCCACACUGGGGAGAAGCCCUACGAAUGUAACGAAUGCAGUAGAGCCUUCAGCCAGCUCGCCCCCCUCAUCCAGCAUCAGAGGAUCCACACAGGAGAGAAGCCCUAUGAAUGUAAUGAGUGUGGCAGAGCCUUCAGCCAGAGCUCCCUUCUCAUAGAACAUCAGAGGAUUCACACCAAGGAAAAGCCCUAUGGAUGCAAUGAAUGUGGGAAAUCCUUCAGUCACAGCUCAUCACUCAGCCAGCACGAAAGGACACACACUGGGGAAAAGCCCUACGAAUGUCAGGAUUGUGGAAAGUCCUUCAGGCAGAGCACGCACCUCACUCAGCACCGGAGGAUUCACACAGGAGAGAAGCCGUAUGAGUGCAGGGACUGUGGGAAAGCCUUCACACACAGCUCCUCCCUUACCAAGCACCAGAGAACUCAUACUGGGUAGACCCACCCUGUGGGAUAUGGGAAAGUCUUAAGCCAUAGUUCAUCCUCUACUGAAUUUGAUCCACUCACACUGGUGAGAAACAACACAAACUUUAAUACCAGAACCUUCACACACAAUUCACCACAGUCACCCUCAGAGAGUACACACUGAUGGGAAUGAUUGUGGGAAUGCCAAGCCCUAGGUCAUCCAUCCCCGGGUAUCAGAUCAGACAGUAGGUAAAUGUGGAGAUGAUCAAUGUUGAGAGCCUUCAACCAUGAGUGCUCACUAAUGCUACAUGAUAAAAAAAUAGAAUCUACAAAAGAGAGAACAGAACAAAUGUGGUAGAUCUGGGGAUGGCUUCUGUCCAAGGAUUUGCCAUAUUCCAAACCAGAGAUUUCAAAGUUGUGAGAAACCCAACAAAUGCCUUUCAAAAAAAAAUUAAGCCAGAAUUUAUCAUUAUUGCAUAUCAUGUCCUUAGGUUGGGAAAGUGCAAGUUAUGACUGAUGCAAUUUGAUACUGAUUCUUCCAUAAAUCAAUAUGGUUGGAUGUGUUCCAGAACCAAGAGUGACAUCUUUAUGGAAUCAUCACGGAUACUCAAGUGUCUCAGUACAAAACUAUUUGUAUAUAAAUUUUUUGAUCAGCAUACAUGGCAACCAGUCUCACAGGUUUGAAUUCCAUGUAUCAGUGUACUGUACGCAGAUUUGAAGUUAGUUCUCACUGCAUUAUUUUGUAAUAAAUUAAUCUUUAUAUGCAAUGUUAUUGAAAAGUUUUAUAUGGGAAGACUUGAAAUGUACAGCCGCUUCCAUGGAAUUUCACAUAUUGUGAGACAGCAUUUGCUGCUCUGUUCUCACUAUGAAUUACUCUGCAAAAUGCAUGGGCAUUUAAAGCACAGAUAUUACUGUUUUAUAAAAAAGGGAGGAUUUUUCCUUUUUUAAGUCACCAUCUCAUGGGCAAAUAGCACCUUACAUGUUUUUGUUUUUCUUAUUUUGUUUUUCAAGAUUUAUCUGUUUUGAAAAUCUACAACUUAAUCUUAUCUUGAACUUUUUUCAUCAGUUCUUCAUCCUACAGUUUAACUUGAAGGCAUAACAUAGUAUUUAACUGAACCACGACUCUACAUACAAAGAUAUGUGUACAUAUGCGUAUAUAUACAUACACACCAAUACCUGCAAUACCAGUCUGUCCCUACAUUCCUCCCCUCAUUCCUGCCAACCAUGACCUUUACAUGGUGAUUUGCCACCCUCAUUAGAACCCAUAGUUAAAUUGCACUGGCUGUUUUUGAUCAUCAGCUAUGAGUUUUGAUUGUCAAUUUGAUUUUUCUAAUCAAAAUGCUGGGAUUUGUUUCCAAUUAAUUUGACAUUUUUCUUUAGGGUACUAUGUUGCAAAUACUUGUUCAAUGCUGUUCCUUGGUGUGCUGUGGGGGGAUUAAUUUCAGAGUCAGUUAAAUGCUACUUAAGAAAAUUGGUAAAUCACGCAUAGCAGCACUGUUCAGUAGAAACAUACAAGCAGUAAUUUUCAAUAUUCUAGUCACAUUUUGAAAAGAAACAGGUAAGAUUAAUAUCCAUCCUUAUAUAUCCCAAAUGUUACCAUUUCAACAUGUAAUAUAAACUAUAAAUGAGACAUUUUGCAUUCUUAAUGUGUACUGUGUCUUCAAAAUCUAGUGUUACUUUACGCUUGCAGCACAUUUCAGUUUGCUAUAGCCAUAUUUCAAGUGCUUAACAGCCUCGUGUAGCUGGUGGCCACCACACUGGGUGGUGCAGCUCAGCAGCCUUGGUCCUUUGAUAAGCUUUGUCCCCCAUCUACUACAUCUAUCCUGCUUUUCCUGUGCUUCUACUCUUGGGUAGCUUCUUGUCCUUAAGGAAACCAGACAGGUGUGCUGGAGAGAUCAGAUUCUUUAUAUGGCAAGACAGGCUUCUACCCCUGCAUAGAAAGUGUAAUGCUGGUUGUGCAUAUUUCAGGAUGUCUAGGAAUAUUCUUACACAACAUUACCCUUGAAAAGGAUAUUAAGGCUCCUUCAGUGAGAAGGUAUACAGUUCAGUAAAAAUGGAAGCCAACUGCAUACCAAUGGAUUCAUCCUCUUUUACAGUCCUUUGAAAUUGCUAGGCCAUCAUCAUCAUCAAGAAACUGAAUGGUGCAGGCUUCUGCUUUAUCCACUUACCUCCUUCUGGCCCCCUGUGAUGUUAUUAAUAGGAAUGCAAGAGUGAGUUCAGACCCACAGAAAAAUGCCCACAGUGUCACUUCUACCCUAAACCAGGGGAAAAAGAUAAGACUCCCUUCCCUGGUGGCAGUUGACCAAUGGAGAGAACCUGAGGGAGUUACACCCAGGAUGUGAGGAAAACUGCAGGGGCAAAUGCAUUCCCAACUAGAGGGUCUGGCCUACUUGGGGCAGUUGCUGAUAGGGCUUUCAUCAUUGGCACAAAAGUAAAAUAUCAACAAGGAAGGAUGGGAAGAAUGCAUGUCCUAACAUCAGGUUAGACUAAAGAAUGGGGAAGACUUGUGAAGCUAAAUGAGAAAAGGCCAUACAGCUUCUGGCUUGUUCACUGAAUACUUGUGCUUGGAGCUUUGAGAGGCCGUGUAAGAAGUCUGAUAUGAGGACUUCUGCUGUGCAGUGAGGAUCCUUGAGCCACAGAGGCUCUAGUCAGCAGUCCUAGUCCUUGAGUCUUCCCAGACUCACCAGACAUGGGAGUGUUGAACAGGCCGUCAGAUGAUUCCAGCCCCCCAGCUUUCAAGGUACCUCAGCCUUCAAGUCUUCCCAGCUGAAGCUUAGACACCAUGGAGUAGAAACAAGCCUUUUCCAAAUUUUGGGCAAAACAAAAUGGUAUUUCAUGCCAUUUGGUUUGGGGGCUGCUUGUUAUGCAGCAAUAGGAGUUAGAACUAUUCUCUGAGACAAAAGACUUUCUAAUGUAUAUAUGAUUGGGUUACUCCCAACUCAAAGCUUCCAGUGGCCUCCCACCAUUUAUCAAAUGAAGAGAAAAUUCUCACUGGUAGACAAAGUCCUACCUGAUGAGGCAUCUGCCCACCUUCUAGUCUUAGUCUACCUGAGACCUCUGUGUACCAGCCCCACAAACCUUGUUUGUUCUUCUGAACCAGUGUGAGGAGGAAAUGUGAGUGGAAGUGACGUGCUGUCUCCCGGCUGAGCAGUGAAGAGCAAGUGCAAACUUCCCCAAGGGUCCAGUGGGGAGCAGAGCUGCAACAGGGACGGAGCCUGGAGUCCUGAAUCACCACAUGAAGCAGUGCAUCUCCCACCGACAAACAAGCAACAACAUACACAAUAUAUUGGACUGCAAUGCAAGUGAAGAAAUCAAUCUUUUAUUGUAGUAAGCCUCUGUGAUUUGAGGGUUGUCACAGUAGAUUGCCUACUCAAACACAGCGACAGAAAGAGGCACCGGCUUUUGUGUCUAAAGAGAGCAAUUAAGUUUAUGCUCAGGUAAUGGAAACAGUACUGUAAUCUGAGAUUAACUGUCAAAGUCAAAUGAUUACAUUAUGUAGCCCAAGGAGUUUAGUUUCCCUGUGUCCAAGCAGACACACUGCUUUAUUAGUGUUUUCAAACUGUAAGAAUACAUGUUACAUUGCAACCCUGUUCCCAUAUUUAGAUAUAUGGCUGAAAAGUUUCACAAAAUAAUACUUGCCUUUACAACAUAUAUAAUACGUUCUGACCUAUUUCUAUUUCAUUGCUUUGUAAUGCUGGUGGCCACCCACUAAUUUGACAUCACAAUUCACUAACAGGCUGAGACCCAGUUUGAAAACCCUGCAUUACAAGGCUCCAAGUGUUUCUGUAAUCUUUAUACACACACAGAUAAAACAUGAGUUAAAUAGGCAAGCUUCUGCUUUUAAGGAUUCAGAAGUCAACUUGACAUGAUGUAGCUGCAAAUAGGCCAAAAGGGCUGUCGAGAUUUCUGUUUAACAACGGCCCUGGGACGCUCAAACAGGAGGAGACAAGGCAAGGUUAACUUCAAGACAGUGGGCAGAUCAUACACUUUUAAAGCAGCUCUACAGUUUCCAUAAUGUAAAGUGUUCCCACUGCAUGGGGGCGCUAAAAUGGCUGCAAAAACAAGGGGAGUCUUUUCACACCCAAUGGUUUACACCAAUGUAUCUGCUGCAGGCACAUUUGCAGAGCAGCCAGGGCUUCCUGUGGGCCCGGCAGGAUAGGUGCUUCAGGCACACCGGCUCCUUCAGAAAAUGAACAGCUUUGUAUUUACACAGACACCACAGAAAGCCAACGAAAGGUUUUAAAGGAUCCCAACAGCAUUCAGGAAGUGCAGUCAGGAAGAGGCGUCCUUCUCAAGGAGACUUAAGAGCAGAGUGCUCGUCCCUGCAAUGCUCUCCACCCCUCAGAUUGUAUGAGGGACAGCAUCACCUUCCAUACUCUCUGG